AUGCUCUUCUCUUUUAUUAGUUUGAAAGGCAAAACAGGAGCAAAAAAAAAAAAAAAGAGGCCCAAGGGAGGCCUCAUAUUUAUUAUUGGAAAUAGGAUGAAUGAGGUUGAUGAGCAAUUAGAUGAGCUAAGGCUUGUAGCUGUUAUUCUUGAUACACUUUCAAAUACGGAACAAGGGCUGCGUCCUGAUCAAGUAGUGCCUUUGACUGCUCGAAUACGCCAGGCGGUGGACAUCAUAGAGACUGCAUGUGCUGGGAGGAAACCGAACUUAAGCAAAAAUUCUGGUGAAAAGGACCGUUUUAAGCGGGCCGAUGGUUUACCUGAAUUAACUCCACAAGUGAGAAAAUCAUUGAUAUCUCGUUCUUUGACCUUGCCACAAAAACCAACAGUUACUAAGCCCUCUAGUAUCAGUGUCUUUCCAGUUCCAAGAGAAAAACCUCCUCAGGGACAGUUAGCCGUCUCAAAAGAGGUCUCGCGUUGUUUGGCGUGCUCAUUGUAUAACAUUUUGGAAGGUUCAACGAGAUUAUUGAAGGCCACUUCCGCCCAUAUUUUUGUUCGUAAAGACGAUGAAAUGGUAUCUAUUGCUAACUGCGCCGCUCGUCUUACCUUUCCUCCUGAGUUGGUUCGUCACAAAUGCUUGGGAUCCUUGGAUGCAGACGUUUUGGCUAGUGGAAUUGCUUUGAAUCAGCAGAUUUCAGAUGGUUCAAAGACCAAUUCAAGCCUUCUUAUAUUUCCAGUUUUUGCUUCUGACCAAAAUUCGCAGAUGGCUGUAGCUGUAGUGCAUGUAGAGAACAAAUUCGGUGGAAGCGUUCCGUUUAAUAGUGAGGAUGAAGGGAUUCUUUUGACUACAACACGGUUGAUUGGUGGAUUAAUGUCUCGAUUUCCUCAGAUGGAUUGGCGCACAAAGUUUUAUGAUCCUGUUACUCAACAUAUUUUAGCUCCAUUUGUACCACGAAAAAGAAUUCCCAUGACUCGAGAAAAAACGUCUGUUGGUCAGCAGGCCUUCAUUACCGAGACAUCUACGGAUACCGAUCAUUCAGAUGUUAUGUAUUGGAGAAAAAUUGAGGAAUGCGAAUUUCCACGGUUGAUACGACGAGAGACUCUUCCUCGUUUAGAUUCUCAAAAACCUUUGGCUCAGGGUCUUUCAACUACUUCUUCAUUGCGCGAGGUUGGUGCUUAUAUAGAAAAUAUGCACAGCUGUUGGAAGCGUAGUAUUUCCAGUAAUGUUAGGUUUUCUGAAGAAGAGCGUUCCAAUCAGAUUGAACUCAAAGUAUUACGUCGAGAAUUGACUCGUGUGAAAGUACUUUAUGCAGAGCUUGAGGAAAAAUUGCGUCUGUAUCAGCUUGAAGGCCGAGAAUAUGAGGAGGAGUUCCGUGCUAUCAAGGGUGAAAUUGAUUCUUAUUUGCGGAGACGGGACAACCUGGAUGUUAAAUAG